CGUCCAAUCCUAUAAUACCGGGGCGUGUCUGACAAUUCCUUGUUCCGUGUGGAAACUUUACCGGCUCGGGUGCAAAGUUUCAGCCGUCUGCAAAUCGAAGUGUAUUGUCAACGUAUUUGGAAAAUGCUGCUGUGUUCUUAUAAUAGGUGAAUCGCAGUCUGUCCGUGCGGUACCUGUGACAAGGAAAGUCUAAAUAUUGUCAGCUAGAUGACGAAUUGUGAAUAUACCGUUGAUCAAUAACGACGUGGACUCGAUACGUGCUGGAAUCACUGUGAUUUAGCCAGCUAGCUAGACUAGCUAACCGCUUCAUUGACGCGCAGUGUUCUUCUAGAAAGCCUGUUAGCUGUUUACUACAGUAGGGCUGAGAGCUAGCAGCAGACGAGUUUCAGAGAGACAUCAGUACGAUGGGGAAAAUGUAUUGUGAGCCUAACCGUGUUCGGCUGCUAUGCAUGCUUUCAUUGACUUUUGGAUUUUUCAUUGUGGAAGUGGUCGUAAGCCGGAUCACUGCAUCUCUGGCCAUGCUUUCGGACUCGUUUCAUAUGCUAUCCGAUGUCAUAGCUCUGCUCGUGGCUUUGAUUGCUGUGCGUUUUGCCGAGAAAACGCAAGCGACGAAUAAGAACACAUUCGGAUGGAUCCGGGCAGAAGUGAUGGGGGCUUUGGUCAACGCCGUCUUCCUCACGGCUCUUUGUUUCACAAUAAUCUUAGAGGCUAGCGAGCGUUUCACAGAGCCACAUGAAAUUGAGAAGCCCGAGGUAGUCAUCGGUGUUGGGGCCGCAGGUCUCCUGGUGAAUCUUCUUGGGCUCUGCUUGUUCCACGGACACGCGGGAGGUGGACAUGGCCAUUCUCACGGAGGUCAUUCCCACGGAAGUAAGAAAAACAAAAGGGGUAAAAUAUGCAAGUCUGAAAGACCUUCGGGCGAGGAGACCAACAACCUGGUGGGACAUCAUAACAGUCCCAAUGGCGUGAAUACCGAAAUACGUAGACAUGGUACGUAAAUAUUACAUUUACAUUUUAUUCAUUAAACAGACGCUUUUAUAAAUGUUCUAUAAAGUAGUCUAUGUUAUUUCAAGCUAGUGUUGCAAUAAACAAGGGCCAUCACACCCCAACAAUCACAAUAUUCACAGCCUCAUCAAUAAUUAACAUUUCUGGUCCACUGUACAUUGUUUUUUUCAGUUUUUUCUUUAAACCAUACUGCUACUAGGUAAUAUGAAACCGUACAAUACAAACCAGUUUGUCUGGAAAUUAAUGUUUUAUUUUUUGCAUUCAGACAACACGCAAACUUGUUUCGAGAGACCGAAAUUGGGGUUUGGGUUUCAUUUAUAUUGUAGGCACAGCGACAUACAAGUGCAGGAAGGUGUAUAAAUGGCAUGUGUCGUGACUUUGGCAUGAGUUUUGAUGUAAAAAUAAAUAAAUAAAAAAGGCACUAAUGACCGGAUGUGGCUCCUCUUGUUAAAUUACUUUUACUAACAUUUCAACAGAA